CUCCCGCCUCCAGCCUUCUCUAGGCCGCCGGCCGCGAAGCGCUGAGUCAUUGUGAGGCGACUGGACCUGCACUCUCUUAACCUGCCCUCCCUGCAGUCGCUCCCGGAGACUCUCCGCGUCCCAGCCGCCGCUAAGGCUCCAGGUGCCGCUACUGCUGCCCCUCCAUCCUCUACGGCUCAGCAUCAGAACACUCUCUUCUUAGACUCUGAUAUGGGUUCUUCCAAGAAAGUUACUCUCUCAGUGCUCAGCCGGGAACAGUCGGAAGGGGUUGGAGCAAGGGUACGCAGAAGCAUUGGCCGACCGGAGUUAAAAAAUCUGGAUCCAUUUUUACUGUUUGAUGAAUUUAAAGGAGGUAGACCAGGAGGAUUUCCUGAUCAUCCACAUCGAGGUUUUGAAACAGUAUCCUACCUUCUGGAAGGGGGCAGCAUGGCCCAUGAAGACUUCUGUGGACACACUGGUAAACUGAACCCAGGAGAUUUGCAGUGGAUGACUGCAGGCCGGGGCAUUCUGCACGCUGAGAUGCCUUGCUCAGAGGAGCCGGCCCAUGGCCUACAACUGUGGGUUAAUUUGAGGAGCUCAGAGAAGAUGGUGGAGCCUCAGUACCAGGAACUGAAAAGUGAACAAAUCCCUAAACCCAGUAAGGAUGGCGUGACAGUUGCUGUCAUUUCUGGAGAAGCCCUGGGAAUAAAGUCCAAGGUAUACACUCGCACACCAACCUUAUAUUUGGACUUCAAAUUGGACCCAGGAGCAAAACAUUCUCAGCCUAUUCCUAAAGGGUGGACGAGCUUCAUUUACACCAUAUCUGGAGAUGUGUGUAUUGGGCCCGAUGAUGCACAACAAAAAAUAGAACCUCAUCACACAGCAGUGCUUGGGGAAGGUGACAGUGUCCAGGUGGAGAACAAGGAUCCCAAGAGAAGUCACUUUGUCUUAAUUGCUGGAGAGCCAUUAAGAGAACCAGUUGUCCAGCAUGGUCCAUUUGUGAUGAACACCAGUGAAGAGAUUUCUCAGGCCAUUCUUGAUUUCAGAAAUGCAAAAAAUGGGUUUGAAAGGGCCAAAACUUGGAAAUCAAAGAUUGGAAACUAGUGGAGAGCAGAAGAAUAGGUCUCUAUGUGUCCUAGAAUUUUGCCAUUUGUGGCAUCAAGCCAUUCGAGGCAUUCCAUUUCUAAAGCUGAUUUAGCCAGUGCUUCUAAAGAAUUCCACACUAGAGUGAUAAUGUGGUUGUUGUAACAAUAAAUGUAGGAUAUUUCCUGGCACAUGCAAAUAAACCUAAUUAUUGUUUCUUUAAAAA